AUGCAACUACAACAGAACCCAACCCAAUUCCCCGCGUACUCGAUCCUCGACCGAAGUCAAUACCCCGAAAGUGUAGCCUUUUGGCACACUCCCUCUCCCGUCCCUCCAUUCAUCUCCUCGACACAGAACCAGCAGAAAUCCUUACAGCCGGGCACAGAACACAAGAAGCACAGACGAACAAGAAGUGGCUGUUUCACCUGUCGAUCUAGGCGUAUCAAAUGUGAUGAGGCACGUCCGGUUUGUGACAGGUGCAGGAAAGGGAAUCGAGACUGUAUCUAUCCAUCGGCCUCCGGUUCGACCUCGAGAUCUAAUUUCCGCUCCCGAUCCAAGUCCAAGGGACCUAGUUCCCGCUCGCAGAGGACUGACUCGCCCGGCCAGGUGGAACAUGACGACGGACGCAUCCUAAACCCAAUAGCAGACAACGAGGAGGAUGAGGAGCAGAGUCCUGAGUCUGGACCCCAACUGUCCCCUGCGAUGGGCACGGCUAGAUCCUUACUAGUUCUUCCUAAAAGGCACAACAAUUCCCAGUCUCCGACGAAGAGUUAUCUACAGUCAAUUGAGCACGCGAGCAGCUCCCCGUCUAUUGAGGCAUCACCGAGAUUCGAGACAAUGAGCACACGAUCGGGUAGUACGGGUCUACCUCCACAGGAGCUGGUUGGAUCUCUAGGGACUGCUAAUCUAGCAGAAGACUUGCGGUUUUAUCUUAUCUUCCACCAGGAAGUGCUGACGUUCCGACACUACCUUCUGCGACAUCCGUGUCACCGCUUCGUGCACCAAACGAUCACUGAACUCGCCCUGAAAUACGAACCUCUUCUCUAUGCGGUCGUCGGUUUUGCUGCGUAUCACCAUUGCGUCCAGAGUGGUAACGGAAAGCUUUGCACAUUUCUCAAGUAUUACAAUAAGGCAUUGACUCUAUUGCGCGAGUCCUUGAGCUCCGGGGAGAAGCAUACUGAGGCAACGCUGAUCACUGUCCUAGUCCUUACUACGUUUGAGGAAUUGUCAGGCGACUGGGUGAGCCUUAUUAGCCACCACCAAGCUGCGCAUGCUUUGAUGAGCGAACUAUUGACUCCCCAAUCUAUAAACCAUACCGAAAUGCACUCUUAUAUCUUCUUAUGGUACUCCCGUUUUGACUUGGUGGCUGGCAUUCUGGCUGGAAACGAAGCCGUUCUCGGGCACGAUUGGUACAUUUCUAAAGAACAAUAUGAUGGAGAACAAGCCGCACUGCAUCCACACGACGCACAGAAACAGAUCGAUUUUGCCGUUUCUAUCAACCGCCGGUUUGGGUUGGAUAUGGCGUCCUUGUACGCCAAGCUGUCUCGAGGCAUCAUAUCGAUCGACGACUUCAUUGUCCAGAACCAAACCCUUUCUCAAACAUUGGAGCGGAUGAAAGAAAUUCUUAUCGCACUCGAAGCUCCCGAGCAUACUGUCCAGUCCUUCCCCAACAAACAGCCUCUAACCGAUGAUGACCCCUUCGAUCCCUACAUUCCAGGUAGCUUGUUUACGGGCCCGCUAUGGCGCGUUAAUUUUGCAUGGAUCGACUACCUUUCCACCAGAACGAUGUUCGAGUAUCAGUCGUUUCUCACUUUACAACAACCACCCAUGCCCGAACUGGAACGCUUGGCUCUGGAACAAUGUCGGUUAUUAGAGACGAUUGAUCGGUGGCCCGAAAAAGAGAACGGGUAUUUCUUUGCUUUCAACAACUGCCUAGGGAUCGCGAGCAUGCUUCUGCCCAAGGAUGAAAAACAUAUAAUGUGGUGUAGGAGGAAGCUUGUCAAAAUGGAGCAGAACGGAUGCGUUUCCGCUCCUCGGUAUCGAACAGGCAUGGCAGAGCUCUGGCAGAAACCCGAACUCAACCACUGGUGGCUCCCAAAUGACGAAGGAUACCCCGAUAUCGUGCGCGAAGUACGCGCAUUGACAGAAGAACGGACGAACAACCCGCAAGACGACUUUCGAGAAAGCGUUCGCGAUAUGAAAACACUAUUUCGGAAAAUUACCUUGGACGACAGUGAGAGUGAUAAGAGUUCGCCGUCUACGCUGGCUAGUGGGACAUGA